AUGGCGGACGGCAGACACCGAGCAGCUCAGCCUGCUCCGAAGGAAUACGAUGCCACCACACUUACUCAUGAAUUUGAGCAACUGAUGCGCACCAAACGAUUCAACCGCCUUCAACAACAAUCUCGCUCGCGUACUCAAUCACCAUCACCAUCCCCUAUGUCCAGUUCAUCGGUUCCGCCGCCGCCCUCGCGAGCUCCGCCACCACCACCUGCGUUCGGCGCCCCUGCCAGUUUGCCGUCUCCAAAGCCCUCAACAACUUCAUCAGCACUACGUGGUCUUCCUGUCAUGCCAGCGCCGCCUCAGGAUGCAGCUUCGCUGAAGUUCUCGAAUUUCUUAAAGGGGCUAUCAGUGACGCCGACCAAAUACGAAAACCCAGGUCUUUUGGACGAAGCCCUGUGCGUUAUUCCGCUCGAUCGCUUGUAUUCCGAGGCCGAGGAGGAAUCCCAAAUCAUGCAGGCCCAGGCCGCCAGCGUGUCUGGGAAGGCGGAAUGGGGCUACCAAGAUUGUGUGAUCCGAGCAUUGCUCAGAUGGUUCAAGGGAUCUUUCUUCCAAUUUGUCAACAACCCGCCGUGCUCCAAGUGCCACAUGCCUACGAUUGCUCAAGGCAUGACGCCUCCCUCCCCCGAUGAAACCGCCCGGGGCGCAUCCCGGGUCGAACUGUACCGUUGCUCCGACACCAGCUGCGCCGCCGAUGAGCGAUUCCCACGGUAUUCCGAUGUAUGGCAACUGCUUCAAUCCCGACGAGGCCGAGUGGGCGAAUGGGCCAACUGCUUCAGUAUGUUCUGCCGCGCCGUCGGAGCCCGAGUCCGUUGGGUGUGGAACUCCGAGGAUUAUGUUUGGACCGAAGUGUACUCGGAACACCAGCGCCGAUGGGUCCACGUUGACGCCUGCGAGGGUGCCUGGGACCAGCCUCGCCUGUAUACGGAAGGAUGGCAACGCAAAAUUUCCUACUGCGUGGCUUUUUCGAUCGACGGCGCGACCGACGUCACUCGCCGCUAUGUCCGCAGCUUUUCCCGACACGGAAGUCCUCGCACCCGUGCUCCCGAGGAAGUCGUCUUGUGGACUAUCCAUGAAAUUCGACGCAAACGCCGAGAGAAUAUGUCGAAGACUGAUCAGCGCCGCCUGAUCAAGGAGGACGAGCGCGAAGAGAAGGAACUCCGGUGUUACAUGGCUUCUGCACUGGCAUCAGAGAUCAACAAGAUGCUCCCCCGGGCCCUUACCGGUCGUCCCGAGGACCAGAAACACCCAGGUGCUCGCCAGGAGGCUUCGGCGGAGGUGCUUGCCACACGAGGCCACGGUCACUCAGGCCCCGACCGUGCCCCCGAAGGACGGUAA